AUGUUUAGAAGCAUCAGACUCCGUGGUAUAUUGUAAGUUUAUUGAUUUUUAAAUUUUAUUGGUACUGGUCAGGGCCGGGCGCGAGGGGGGGUACUCCCCCCCAGAAAAAAAAAUGGUCCCUCCCCCCGCUGUGGAUUUUUGGAAAAAAAAUUUCGCAAAAAAUCGGCACAGCUACCUGUGCCGAUUUUUUGGUCCCCUGCCCCCAGACCAAAAGUCUCCGCCCGGCCCUGGUACUUUGAUAGGUACUGUUUUAAAAAGAUUUGUUUUGCUUGUAACACCACCAGUACCAUUUUAAAGCUAUAUUAACCUAAUUUUCAGCUCAACCAAACCUAUCAACAAGUUCCCUGAAGUGAAUACAGAGCCAAGUAGAUGGAGUUACGUGCACGGUGCUUCUGAUCGACCAUUGAUUCACAAAACGGUCACUCAAGUACUACAAGGUACUGUGGAGACCGUGCCGAACAAAGACGCUUUUGUACUGCCGCAUAAAGAGUACCACAAAACUUAUUUGGAGCUUUGGGAUGAGGUAAGUAUUUUAUAUUGUAGUAGGGAGUCUGUACAAAUUUGAUCAAUAUCUCACUAUGUUUUACAGUCACGUCGCUUCGCUCGUGGACUACUCUACCUCGGCUUGCGACCAGGUGAUCGUAUUGCCAUUUGGUCUCCAAACUGCUACGAAUGGAUUCUGACACAAUAUGCAGCAGCUCGAGCUGGCCUGAUUCUUGUCAGCAUCAAUUCGGCCUACAAAAGCACCGAAUUGAUACACGUUUUGGAAAAAGUUGGAGCCAAAGCAUUGGUAUCGCCUUACAAACAUCGACAAGCUCAUUUCUAUAAGUAAGCUGCAUUUCUUCACAAACGUUUUAUAAAACAUUUGGAAGCUCAAUAAAAAUAAGAUGAAACAAAUUAUAAGUUGUUUUGAUUUUGUGGAAAAAAAUGCCAGCUUAAAUUUAGGAUGAUAGCCGAGAUUGUGCCGCAAAUCGAAGAAUACCCGGAGGGCAUUGGCCAUGUUCAUCACAAUAAACUGCCAGCUUUGAAGCACUUGAUAACAUUUGAUUACAAUUGUCAAACACCAACUUACAAGUGAGAGUUGUUAACAUAGUGUUUUUUGUACUAGAGUGCUUCUGGCUCCGGAGCUAACUACGGAGUCAGCUCCGACUCAAACUGGUCCUUAAUUUUUAAAGUGCCCGGGGCGGAGCCGGAGCUGAAAUUUUCAAAAGGGGGAGCUCUAGGAUGUGUUCAUGUUGUUUAUGAUUUAUUCUAGAUUGAUGACAUUGUCAUACAUACUUUGAAAAAGUUUUAAAGUUUGCUUGAGAAGUGAGAUACUGAUAAGUCAAUAAACCCUAUCAUUUUUAGAGGCGCAUGGAACUUUUGGCAAUUAGUUGAUGCCGGAGGUCAAAUGGAAACGGAUUUGUUAGAGAAGAUUGAAAAAGAACUCUCACCGGAUGAUGUUUUGACCAUCAUGUUUACAAGUGUAAGUUGGGUCAAUGGGAAUGUUAAUUUAUGGCAACAACUAAUGUGAUUUGAUUUUAAGUUUUGGUCCUAUUGUCACACUGGGAAAGAGUUUAAAAGACUAUGUAAAUAUAUUAUAGGGCAAGACUGGAAGACCAAAAGCGGCUGCUCUGACCCAUCACAAUGUCCUGAACAACGCCAUAUCUGUUGGUCGUCGUAUGGGUUUGGACAAAGAAGUAUGAAUUCUUUUUAGCUUGAACUGACAUGCUUAUUACAGUAAUUACUAUGUGUUAACACAAUUUAUGUAAUGGUUAGUAUUAGAGUUCCCAAAGGCUCCAGGGCAGACCCGGAGCUGGAGCCGGAAAUUUUUAAGCAUAGAUAUCAAUUUUAGUAUGAAACAAUAGUUUUGACAAUUUAUUGCUACUUUGUUUUCAGAGACACAACAUUUGUGUGCCAGUACCUCUGCAUGGUGCUUUUGGUUCAGUGCUUGGAAGUCUGAACAGUGUUUUGCAUUACAGUACAUGUGUUUUACCGUGCAGUAGAUACAGCGCUUCUCAAGUUUUGGAUUCCAUUGCAAAGAGAAGGUAAGAAGACUUGUCACGUAGUUUUCUUUAUUUACUAUGAACGCUUUAAUGGUUUAAAAGCAGUUCUUAAAUAAUUUUAUAACUUUUCAAUUUUUUUAGAUGUACUGCACUGCUAGCCACACCCACGAUGUUCAUUGACCUUUUAAACGAGCCUAAAGUACGACAAUAUGACUUGGGUUCACUAAAGACGGGUAGGUAAACAUAACAUACUGUAAAAAUUAUUUUUUCUAUAUUACACUUGUUUGACACAAAAACAAAACAUAUAUUUUAGCCAUUGUAUCCGGCGCCAAAUGUCAGCCUCGAUUGUGCAAAGAAAUUGUGAAUGCUCUUGGCCUAGAAGCUCUUCAUAAGUUAUAUGGAACAACAGAAGUAUCACCGGCUGCUUUUAUGACCAUUCCGAAAGAUGAGUACCAUACCGUGGGUAAUGUGCUGGAUCACAUUGAAGCUCAAAUUGUAGAUGGAGAAGGUCGAAAAGUGUUGAGAGAAGAGGUUGGAGAGCUGUGUAUUCGAGGAUACUCGGUUAUGAGAGGAUAUUGGCAUGAAGAAGAUCCGGAAAAGAACAGAGGAGUUGAGGCUAAUGGAUGGUACAGAACUGGGUGGGUUUUUGGUGCUAUAAUUUGAGUUUGUGGUGCUAAAAGUCUACUAUGUUAUGGAAGGUAGUGGAAUUAUAAAAGCUUUUAUAUUUUGAAAAGCCUAUUUUCAUCAAUAAGUGGCUCAUUAAUUCCAAUGUUACCGAAAUUUUGAAAAUUUCAGUGACAUGGCCAAGAUGAAUCAAAAUGGUACUAUUAUCAUGGAAGGAAGAGUCAAAAAUGUCAUUAAUCGUGGUGGCGAAGCCAUCUACGCCAGGGAGUUAGAACAAUUCCUAUUCACUCACCCGGCCGUCGCUGAUGCUCAGGUAAUCAAUUAGUUUUACUGAUCUAUUAUGUCUUGUAGAAAGAUCAAUUCAUUUCACUGUAGUUUUAUUUCUGUUUCAGGUCAUUGGUGUAUCAGACAGCAGAUUGGGCGAAGAGAUUUGCGCAUGGAUUCAAUUAAAACAAGGAGCUGAGAACACAACGGCCGAAGCCCUGAUUAAGUACUGUAAAAGGGAGGUAAGUUGUCUUUAGCAACAAGUUUUGUACCAUAGGUCGAUUCUUAUUUUAUGAAUUUGUUAUAUAAAAUUGCAACUAGUAAAGGUGAUGCAGAAACUACGGCAACGAAUUGGGAUAAGCUUAAAAAAGCUUGAUGAUAAGUUUUAUUUUCCAGCUAGCCCAUUUCAAAGUUCCACGCUACAUGAUUCUCGUGAAGGAGUUUGAGUUCCCAAAGCUGAGUUCGGGCAAAAUCGACAAGGACAAGAUGCGCUCAAUGUCGGAAAAGACGUUGGGCAUUAAUUAA